GAGCCUGCAGUCACUUGAUGAAUAGGCAAACCUGAUUACUGUUUUCUCAGUUAUAUGAACGCGAUGUUCAUAUUUCCUAGAAAAGGGUUUUAAUAUUUUAUCUUUAAAGCUGUCGCAUUACGUCAAAGUCAACUCAUUUGUUACGGCCGUGCUUAAGGCGAUACCAGAAGAGACGUCGAUAUUUCUACCGUACGGGUAACGCCAUAUCUAGCCGUGACCGGAAGUUGCCAUAAUGGGUUUUUGGCAGAGCUUGAAAGCAGCUGUGUUCGCGGUGGGGGCGUUUUUGGGUUUCACGAGGGAGGUUUGUUUCGACGAACUCGGCUGCUUCUCGAACGAAGCGCCCUUCGGAAAUGCGGGCGGCUAUCUUCCCCAAACUCCAGAUGAAAUCAAAGUGGGGUUUCUAUUAUACACCCGUCAAAACAGCAACAUUCCCCAGGUUAUCACCGCUAACGCCGACGUCUUGCGCGCCUCCAAAUUGUCACCCAACCGGAAGUCAGUGUUUAUUAUCCAUGGUUACUGGGAUAGCCCCUAUGAACCCUGGGUCACCGACAUGAAGGACGCCCUCCUCGCACAGGCGGACGUGAACGUAGUGACGGUUGACUGGGAGAGCGGAGCGGGCCAGACCGAAUACAGCCAGUCUGCCGCCAACACGCGCGUCGUUGGUGCACUCAUCGCGCAGCUUCUCAUCGCUCUUCGCGACAACCGGUUUCUUAAAUUCGAGGAUAUUCAUCUAGUGGGCCACAGCCUAGGUGCCCAUAUCGCCGGGUACGCCGGUGAACGUGUGAACAAGUCCGUGGGAAGAAUUACAGGACUUGAUCCAGCGGGACUGUUUUUCGAGGCAGACCCAGAGAAGGUACGUCUAGAUCCCGGUGACGCUCUGUUCGUCGACGUUAUACAUACAGACGCUCAACCAGUAAUUGAUAUAGGGUUUGGGACAGAGUUACCUAUGGGUCACGUGGACUUCUACCCGAAUGGCGGGAAGGACCAGCCCGGAUGUACGAGCUCAGCAAGCGAUCACCUCUUUACACUCAUCACAGGAAAUUUCGCAAGUUUCGCGGAGGGCAUCGCGUGCGACCAUUCACGUGCUCGGGAUUACUUUACCGCUUCAAUUAAGCUUACCUGCGACUUCACGGCCAGCUUAUGUCAGACGUAUGCCGAGUUCAAACGCGGCGACUGUCCAUGCGGUACGUCGCCUUGUGCAUCCAUGGGCUUCUACGCACGUGCAAAUUCAACGCAAGGAAAGUACUUUCUUGACACGGCCGUAACGCAUCCUUUCUGUUUAAAGCUGACCUCUUAGUGAUCUGCUUUAUGCCCGAUGAUCAGCGCGGUUUUAAGGGGUGAUCGGAGUUUCAAUAUACAUGUUAAAGCUAUAAUCAUAGCAAUAACUCCACUUUCCCCGAGCUCAACAGAUUAAAGAUUAAACCUGAUUAUGUACUAUCAAAGGAAAUAAACGUUAAGUCGCUUA